UGAAGAUUGAUUCAGAGGUUACAAAAAAAAUCUAAAUGCGUGUGUGUAAAAGAGAAUUUGUUAAUAUUUUGUAAAAGAAAGAUAGCGUAUAUUUCAGAUUCCUGCUACUAAACUACAAAAGGUCGACCGUGGAGAAGCUAUUAUUUAAUAUAUUUCAUCCAAAGUUGAAAAGUUCUAUCUAAUAAAGAUCUGCGUCUAUCGCAAAUAUGGCCGUCCUGUAAUGAAUCGGCCAUCAGUGAUAUUAAAGUAAUUUUAUCAUGCAAAAUUUCAAAAUGGAGCUUCGCGUCGGUAAUAAAUACAGACUAGGUCGUAAAAUUGGCUCAGGAUCGUUCGGAGACAUUUAUUUAGGAACACACAUAGUAACAAGAAAAGAGGUAGCCAUAAAAUUAGAAUGUAAAAGGACAAGACAUCCACAGUUACACAUAGAGAGCAAAUUUUAUAAACUUAUGCAAGGGGGUGUUGGUAUCCCAGCAAUAAAAUGGUGUGGUUCCGAGGGAGACUACAAUGUUAUGGUCAUGGAACUAUUGGGCCCUUCUUUGGAAGAUCUCUUCAACUUCUGUUCGCGUCGCUUCUCCCUUAAGACUGUGCUCCUACUAGCAGACCAGCUCAUCACUCGCAUUGAGCACAUACAUUAUAAGAACUUCAUUCAUAGAGACAUUAAGCCAGACAACUUUUUAAUGGGCCUCGGCAAAAGAGGGAACUUAGUAUACAUUAUAGAUUUUGGACUAGCCAAGAAGUACAAAGAUGGACGCACCAACCAACAUAUCCCUUAUAGAGAAAACAAAAACUUGACAGGCACUGCAAGAUACGCAUCAAUCAACACUCAUCUAGGCAUUGAACAAUCCCGACGCGAUGACUUGGAGUCGCUGGGCUAUGUGCUCAUGUACUUCAACCGCGGCAGUCUGCCGUGGCAGGGCCUCAAGGCGGCCACCAAACGCCAGAAAUACGAGAGAAUAUCUGAGAAGAAACUGUCCACACCAUUUGACGAACUGUGCAAAAACCACCCGAUCGAGUUCCAGCUGUACCUGAAGUACUGCCGGCGCCUGCGCUUCGAGGACCGGCCCGACUACGGCCACCUGCGCCAGCUGUUCCGCAUGCUCCUCUACCGACAGGGUUUCACCUAUGACUACGUAUUCGACUGGAAUAUGCUCAAGUUUGGCCUUCCGCGAGGAUCAUUUCCACCUCUCGACCGCACGCUCAGACGCCCCGAUCAAAACCAAGAACAAGAAGAAACUAGCCUGUCUGUGGCAGCGGCGCCGGGCCCCACGGCGCAGCCCAGCACCACGGUGGCGGCCAUCUCCGAGUGGCGGUGAGGGAGCUCCGCGCGCCGCCCAGCGACGCGACUGCACGCCGCCCGCCCCAUGUUCGAGUGUUAAACUAACAAUCAAUUUUGUACGCAUUCGUGUUAAACGUUCAUAUAUUGUAAAUUAUUUUUAAGGGCUUCCGAGAUGGUCGAGCCGCUUGACGCCAAGCACGCAGUUUUGCCUCGCUUGAUUAAGCAGCUUGAUGCGCUCAUCGAGCAGCCUGAGCCAGCAAACGGCACUUUUCUUUCGAAGACUGUCCGAACAUCGCGUCUAGCAAAAAUAUAAAAUCGCAUCAAUCACCGUCAAGCAUGUGAAUGCUUGACUCAAGCAUCAAGCAAACAUUGUAAAUUCAUGCAAAAAUCUACGUGCUUGAAGUCAAGCCGCUCGACCGUCUCGGAUGCCUAUUAGGCGAAUCGUCGAGCGGACCGGGAGCCGUCUCCGAGGCGUCUCGCUAUGAUGCGACUCGUUUGAGCGUAGCGCAUCCGUUCUGCCGUCCUAUAUCUAAAAAGCUGUUAACUGCAAAGAAUAGUUUUUGAGUUGUCGCGAAAAAACAUGGGAACUUUCCUAUGACUACUGAUUAGAGCAACGACUGAGAUCUUUUCGGUCGUCCAUCAGUCAUCAACUCAUCAGUCAUUCGGUACUUUUCGGUACUUCGGUACUUCAGUCCAAUCAGUCAUGAUUGCUCUUCGUUCCUCACGAAUGUAUCGGUACUCAGUCUCAGUAGUCAGUUGUGAAUCGGACGAUGAGAUUCCAAGUCUCGAUUGCGCACGCUCGUUUCGUAUAGUUUCGUGUUUCAUUAUAGGUCGUCCGACGACGCGGGUUCAAAAUCGCUGCAUUAUUGUAAUAUUUUUCCCGAUUGUAUGCACUGUUAUGAUGUAAUUACCUAUCUUUUUAAUUGAACUUUUAUUUUUAAACGUGUUUAAUCAUUAUGUUAAGAUUUAUACAUACUAAAAACCUUAUGCAUCUCAUAUACACGUGUUGCCUAAAUGAAGUAGUAGGUAGUUUUCCUGUGCCAUCAUGUUGGCCUAAACAAUAAAGCAAUCGUGCUAACAUACCGGCAAUGAAGAAAUAUUGAAUGAUCUGUAGGUAAUCAAUAUUUCUUUCAAUAUUUUUUAGUUUCAUUCUUCGUUCUCGGUUCUUGGCGACUGGUUGAACCGGAUCGGUCAAAACGACCGAUUUCAGUCACCAGUACAUUUGCGCGACGCGACCUCAAUCAAAUGACCGAAUCGGUCAUGACACACCAACUGAUACAGGACUAGUGGAAGAGCAUUUAAUCAAAUUCAAACCAUCGCCAAAUUUUAAAAACAUGAAAAAUUGAUAAUGUCUCGUUUAGAGACCACCACUUCGGGAACUCGUGUACCAGUGGCGCUAAGUGCCCCGGAUCCACCGCCACCUCCAAAUUUGAGUAGAAUGGAUCUUCGUCUGGACUGGCAGAGGCCUGAAGUUCAGCCUCCUUUGCCUACAUAUCCCCCACCUCAAGACUACAUCCCUAAUCUACAAGUUCACUAACUAAGACUAAGAAUCAGUUUCUAAAAAAUAAUGCUCCGUAGGACCGAGGUUUUGAGUUCGUUUUUAAGUUUGGUCUUACGUAGCCUCUUAGAAACAUCAGUGUUCUUAAAUUCCCAUGUUUUUGGCGAUAACUAAGCUGAGAUCUGUAGUGCGGACUUUGACUUUGUUCAAACUUAAGGUUUAUAUUAUAAUCUAUUAUGUUUGUCUCGUUUUAAGUCUGAGUGAAGUCAAAGUAUGCUCUAUAUGAAAUAUAUCAGCCUUAAACUAUUAUUUACAGUAAACCGCUUUUUAGAUAUAGGACGGCUGCAUUGUACUUUAUGCUCAGUUAUAUUUAGAUGUUAAGUGAAAUGUGAAUAUAUGAACGGGUGAAGCGUGUGAGCGAUUUGACUGUCUGAUUGAGGAGUUGGUCGAGAUUGAAGGUAGAAUGCCAUGGUCUUUCUCGACCCUACUAUUGACAAAUGCAUUUAUUUGACACAAUCAGAGCUCUAUUUGAGUUAUACAAACUGUAUAAAAAAUAAUAGAUCUUGAGUAACCAAGCCAAUCGACAAUGCCUUGUUCUGGUACCAAUAAAUGCGUUAUGGCGUUUUAUCUACAUGGCAAUAUUAUAAUAAAUUGCUACUCUGUUUUGGGUUUAUUUUUUAUUUUGCAAUGGGGUUUCACGUGCAAUACGAUUUAUAAUCUUUCCAAACCGAUUGUCUUCCAUACAUCAGCCAUCAAUUAACAGUUGGUACAGUCACUAUCAAAUAAAUAUGAGUGAUAAGUUAUCCAAAAAUUAAACAUUUUAAUUUACCUACCAAGAUCAGAAAAAAAUGCCUUGAAAAAAUAUUAUCUGGUCUUGACUGUACUAUCGAAAUACGGGUGCCUAAAUCGUUAUAUAACCUGAGUUACGCGCGUGUUUUAGAUCAGUUCGAAUCGUCCAGCCACUGCCAUAGUUUUAAUUAGGUAAGAUAAAUCUGGAGUAAUAGCCAUUUCUGUUAGAAUAAUGACUAGAUUUUCAUACGAAAAUAGUUGAUUGUUUCAUUUUGGUGGAAGACAAUGUGAAAUUUUAAAUUCUUAACUGGCCGUAAUUUUGCGAUACGUUUGCAAAGGCCGAAACACAAAACAGCGUCCCAACGCGAAAAACUGCGGUGCAAUACGUCUUACUUCCAUGGUUCGAAUAACCAAACCAUUCAUUCAGAGAUCCUAAACACUAGGUACUGGACGUAUUUUUUGUUAUUGAGGAUUUGUCUUAUGUAUUGUAUCGCAAAAAGCGUGUCGUACUUCUAUUAUUAUUAAAUAACGAAGUAACAUCGGAACAAUGCGCGAUGCGUUGUGCGAGAUCAUAGAUUUUAAAGAUGCGGCGUCACAUAACAGUUUUAUGUUUUGGCCCUAAUAUAAACUAUCCAUGUAGUCUAAAGCCGGGUACUCAUGUGCGAAUGAUGAACGUAAGCGAACGCGUUGCAAAGCGAUUGACAGCGCAUAUAUACGUAUCGAUACAAAUGUGUACCUAUUAGUUUAUUCUGUUAUUGCGUUUGCUGAUGCCCGCGAUUUAAUCUGCGUGGAUAUUUUUUUCGGGAUAAAAGGUAACCGGAGUAGUCCGUCCCCAGGAUGUAAACUUUCUCCAUACGAAAUCUUCUCAAAUCGUUAAACAGAUGAGCCGUGGAAAACUAGCAGACAGACAGACAUUUAUACAGACUUUCGUAUUUAUAAUAUUAGUAUUGAUAGGUGUAUUUCAACGACUUCUAUAGACUAUUCUUCAAUUCGUCGAUCCCUCGAAGAUUAAAGACGACAGCGUUUGAUGAUUAUCCAACCAGUGAUGACGUAUGAUGCUGAAACCUGGACACUGACAGUUGGCAUUGUCUAUAAGUUAAGUCGCUUAGCAUGCUAUGGAGCAUGCUAGAACCCUGGUGACCGACAUAGCUCAACGAACUAGUAAGCUAAAGUGGCAGUAGGCAGGCCAUAUCUGUCGCAGAAUCGAUGGCCGCUAUGGCAGAUUUACCUAUCGAGAAAUUCCAAACAAGUCCAUUGCAUAAGUAGUUACUGCAGUAAGCAGGUGUGACAGACGGAUGGACGGGACUUAAUUAAUUUCACCAUAAAGGUUCUUUUUUACCAUUUUGGUACGGAACUAUAAAUAAAUAAACAGGUACAGCUCGCGUACUAUGAGUACCUGGCUUAAAUAACUUUGAUCUCGUGUGAAGUACCAAAAUCUUUCACCUCUGUAUCUUAUGUUAGCUAAUCGUGGUACGAAUUUUACGAAUUUAUAUUAUUAUUUACAAAAUAUUAAUUUAAUAGAUGGAAGUACAUGCAAACGCAAUAGAACAUUGAAGGAUAAAAUAUAAGGCAGUCUUACAAAAUAUUUAUAAUUUACAAAACAAUUAAAACAUAGUAACUAAAAAUUAUGUCAGAUAUUAUUAGUAGGCCUUGCAACUACAUAUUAUUUUUGUCAUGAUAUGUUGCAAGUAUUUUUAAUCCUUGAAUUACCUAUUUUUCUUAUAAAAAAAAACUAUAUUGGUAAUAAUUAUCAUAAUACUAUUUUUUAAAGUAUCUGCCUGAUGCCCAAGAAUUCGUUCGCGUAGAUUUAGAUUUUAAAAGUCCCGUGAGAAGUCUUUGAUUUUCCAUUGGUAUAGGCUACUUUCUAGCCUUUCUUUUAAAAGUAGCCUAUGUCACUCUUGGUUUUAAACUGCUGCGUUCGAUCCGUUUCUCCGUGAUUGAAGGACAAACAAACACACUUUGGCAUUUUUACUAUGGAUAGUGAUUCUUUCGCUAGUUCGCAUCGUAGAUUCUAAUAAGACAAAGUAAGUGACCGCUUUAAAUUCACGCUUAGUAAUUUAUAAUUUUUAUAUUGAAUAACUUAGCCUUUUUAAAUUCAUUAUCAAACGAAUAAAAACAUUCAAUAUUCUAUUUUAUGGUUUGUUCAAUAAGGCAGAAUUAUAUUAUCAAGUAUGAAUAAAACACUUCGAAUACCUACUUGAAGCAAAUACCGCUUGAUAGUAUUGCUAUGCCACUUCGCCUACCAAAUUAGAGUGAGAUAUCGGACACCACUGGUAUUCGAUCUCUCGCUCUCGCGGCAGUCGAAAUGGGAUAGCGACUAUUAAGUCUUUGCUUCAAGUGGGUAUUAGGAACGCUCCAACUACCUAUAAUUAUUCCAUUCAUGGGCAGAACGCAUGAUGCGUUCUCAAAAAGGAAGCCUUGUCAAAUAUUAUGACAGUUAAUUGCAUUUAAUGUAUGGCAAUAUAUUGUAUAAUAUGUUGAUAAUUAAUUAAAGUUACUUUCUCAUUAUAUUGGAUGUGUGGAAAUAUUUUAUUGGACUUCAUUGGACCAUCCAUCUCUAAUAUGACUGAGAAUUAGGUUCAAUUUUAUGUAAAUAUUAUAUUAUAUUUAAACUAGUAUUUUGUUGAAUUGAUAUCAUGGGAAUCUAUUUUCCCGCAGUUAGGAUAUUCCAUAAGGUUUUAGUUGUUAAAUAAAGUCCACGUUAUAUUUAGUUAUUUUUAUGAAACCUAGCACAUCGAAAAGGAUUAUACUUAGUUGUGAAUUUAUUGCUAACGAGAUGUGUUGCUCUUCUAUCGAGGUCGAAUAUGCCUAUCACUUUACCAACUUCCGUUUAAGUUAGUCAACAGUAUUUUUAGCAUUUUUGUUUUCUAGAUUGUGGUUAAUUCUGUUGUACUCAAUCUUUAACUAAACUAAAACUUAAUUUACUAUAACUUUGUAACUACAAUUUUGGUACAUGAAAAAUAAAAAUAAACAAAUAAAAUGAUAGAUCUAAAUAUAUUGAUUUCCCUUUCAUAAUGUUCCAUAUAGAAAAGUAUCUCUCUAAACUUUUCUAAACAGACGUUUAGAGAUUGUGUGCAACAGAAUUGAUACCAUUAUCCCUUUGCGUUUGAAUUUAAUUCAUUUAAUUGCAAUAGAAAUAUCAUCUUUGUACAACAUAAUAUUAUGCCCUUUUGAUAUUUGGGUGCCAAUUUUGUAGUAUUGGCAUAACUAUGUUAGUAUGACAGAUGUUUGGUAUUUUGGAAUGUUAGUAUGCUAUUAAUACCUACCCAAAUAUACUUUAAUGAUAUUGUUUUACUAAUACUUAUAGAUAUGUUUAUGUUAGCUGGUUAGGUAUAUAAACCCUGUGAGAGGAAUGUAUAAGGUGGGCGGGAGUUAGUCUCCCGGUUCAGCAGUGUAUCACAGGGAAAGCGGCGGACGAUGUAGCGGACAUGUGCGUGUAUCAGUGAAAAGGGACAUGGAGUGCAGUGCAGUGCAUUUCAAAGAACGAUACCCGACGAGACAAGUUUUUCUUCUCGAGUUGUCCGCUCCGAUCGACAAAGACUUAUCGGACUUAAUUUUGUAUAUAGUAAUUGUAACACUGAUGUCUAAGUAGUAAGGUUUAGGUAAGUCGGAUACACUGUUUUUUACAAUAUCCUAGAUAAUGGAAAUUAUUACGUAACUGUUGUAGUAUUAAAGCGAUAUAAUUUUUGGCUUUUGUCAUCUUAAUAAUAAUAUAUUGAUUGCCUCCAUUCUUUCCGUAGCUGAGCGUCGUCGUGUACAGCAUAAUACUGAUAAGUGAUAAGCUCCUAAAAUGGUCUUAGACAUCAGUGAUCCUGAGACUAGGAUGUCGGAUACGAAUAAUUAAUAUUUAUUAGGAUAUUACAAAAAUACCUAUUUUACAAUCGAUUUUCAAAACGAUAUACAUCGAUAAAAUAAUAUAACUUCCACAGAAAUAUCGUAUGAAAAAAUUGCUUAACGAGCCUGUAAUGUUAAUAAUAAUUAAGCCCCUUAUUACGAAAAACACUUGUGGAGAAUAAUUGCCGAUAAUGACGGCUUUAAAAUGUCGAAUUUUUGCAUCAACCUUUCCUUUCUUGUACAAACAGCUGAGAUAAACAUUCAUAUUUGUAAAUUGCUGGAGUUUCGUGAAUCGGCAUCGGUCAUUUUAUUACAAAAUAUUACUAUAAUUUAUUUAGAUAAAUCUCCAUAUUAAUAAAGCAUACCAUUUUUUUAUUUAAUAUAUCAAUAUCAACCAAUAAAAUAUUAUCGUGUAUCGAUACUUAUAUUCAUAUUAUGCGAUGUAUCAAUACCUAACACAUAAUUUCAGCAUCCCUGCCUAAUGCCAAGUUUCCACUAGCAAUAAAACAAGCAGAAGCUAGCUGCUCUAGCAAGUCACUUGCUCAGUAUAAAAAGUGCAGAAUUCCAGCAGUAAAACUUGCAGAAGUUAACUCUGGCAAGCUAUGUGCACUGUAAAUAUGUACUCGCAAGUCAACUUCUGCAAGUAAAAGCUGUGGGUAAUUACAUUGACAGAUGACUUCGCAAAUAUUGCUAGUGGACACUUAGGCUGAAAUCUAUAGAGCGCACUUUGACUUUGCUCAGACUUAGGUUUCAGUUAAAACGAGACAGAUUUAUGCCAGCGAUAUAACGCUGUCUCGUUUUAAUCGUAUCUUAAGUCUGAGCGAAAUAAAAGUGCGCUCUAUAGAUCUCAACCUUAGCAUAAUGACUAAUACGGAAGGAGGGAACGGAGCGAUAGACGUAGGAUAAGGGAAUUAGACAAUGGAAGCUUUUAAUGGAUUUAAUAAAUUCUAAAUUUAAGGUCAAGGGGAUGAGUAUGUUCCCUCCAAUUUGAGUAUAUUAUAC